AAAAAAGACCAAGUUAAUCCUCAAAGACUGAAGGGCAUGGAAAUCCCUACACUCAAAUAUUACCGGUCCACGCGACAAAAAGACCCAGAAAGAAAGGAAGAGAGCGCUCAAAGGAGGAUAGUUAGUUAAGUUAGCUAUUCGAUACAACGUAGGGACAGAUUCUUUUCCUGCUAUCUCUGUGCUCUCUGUGUUCAACUCUGUGCUAUCUGUGUUCACUCUCUCCCUCUCUCAAGGUGAGGUCACUGAAUUUACUCUCUUUUACUCAGUACAGGGAUGCUAGGAAGACCACUGACUUCUCCUCUGUUAACAUUUGAUUCCAAGACAUGUUUGAGCUUUUUAACUCCCAAUCUUGCCCCUAGUGUUGCUCAUUCGAAUGUGAAAUAUUCUGGUGCUUUUUCAUCAAGUGUAAUCACCUAUACCUCUCAUUUUUCUCCUAAGAAGUGGAUAUUACGUUCUACUGCACAAAUUGACAAUUUAACUUUGAGUGAUGAAGAGAAGAAGACAUGGGAAGCAUGCAGAGAAGCCCUAUCUGCAUUCGAGUUCAGUGUUGAGGAGAAAGACAAGAUGCUUGGAAAAGCAUUUGGUCACGUGCAUUCGCCUUACUGGGGAGAAGAAAGAAAAAAAGAAGUCCCAAAAUUUGAAAUUGUAAGUGAAAUAUUAGAUUAUCUGAGAAGUCUUGGUCUUUCUGAUGAUGAUCUCUACAAAUUGGUCAAAAAAUUUCCUGAAGUUCUCGGUUGUAGCCUUGAACACGAAUUGAGGAAUAAUGUGAAGAUACUUGAGAAGGAUUGGGGGAUAAAAGGAAAAUCAUUACGAAAUCUUAUGCUUCGAAAUCCAAAAGUUUUAGGUUACAACAUUGAUUGCAAGGGAGAUUGUAUGGCGCAAUGCACACGGUGUUGGGUUCGGUUUUAGCAGAAUGUCAAUAAUUUUUUCAUAUACUGAAGGGAGACUAAUGCAAUAUCGUUUCCUCCUACAUCUUUUCUGCAUAUACUGUGUAUAUAUGUUUGAAUAUGCACAUCUUCAUUUAAAAUUAACACAUGAUUAUUUUCAGUAUUAAUGUCAUUAAUUAUGUUUGUCAAA